UCUUCUUCUGUGAAACACACGUAUACUCUCUCUCUCUAUAAAUAUACACGCGUGCAUUUGCAUAUAGAGAGAGAAAGUCAGCUUCUCUAUAAAAAAUAAGGAGUGAACCCCUUUCGAGGCCUCACUCCAUUUUUUCUCUCCCUCAGAAUUUUUUAGACGAGUGAAACAGAGAAAGAGAUUGGCUUGAACUUGACGUUAUUCUAAUUUUAUUUUAAUUUUUGGUUCUUAUUUUCCUCUGUUUCGCAACAUUUCCCCUGCAUUUAAUUACACAUUUUCAAGAAGAAGAUUUUUUUUUUGAGACUGAUCCGAAAACUAGGGAUUUUUGGCUUAUCUGGGAAUUUUUUAGAAACGAGGCUAUGAGGUUCAACGGUGAAAACCCAGUUGAGAAAGAAGAAGAUGAAGAAGAACAGAAGGGUAGGGAAGUAAAUUCCCUUCGAGGAGUUGGGUUUCAUCAUCUGCCACAGAAGCUCAUCGUUGGCUAUGCCUUAACCUCCAAGAAGAAAAAAAGCUUUUUACAGCCAAAGCUCUUGGCUUUGGCUCGGAGUAAGGGGAUAUUCUUUGUUGCUAUUGAUCUAAACAGGCCACUAUCAGAUCAAGGUCCCUUUGACAUUCUUCUGCAUAAGUUGUUAGGAAAAGAAUGGAGCGAUGUAAUUGAGGAUUACAGGCAAAAGCAUCCGGAAGUAACUGUUCUUGAUUCUCCAAAGGCUAUACAGCAUCUACAUAAUCGUCAGUCCAUGCUUCAGGAUGUGGCAGAUCUAGAUUUGUCUGACUACCAUGGCAAGGUUGGCAUCCCCAAGCAAUUGAUUAUCACAGAAGAUCCAUUGUCCAUACCUUAUGAAGUUACUAAAGCUGGGCUAAAUUUACCUUUGGUUGUAAAGCCACUACUUGUGGAUGGCAGUGCCAAGUCUCACGAAUUAUUCCUUGCGUACGAUCAAUUCUGUCUCUCAGAACUUGAACCUCCCUUUGUCCUACAGGAGUUUGUGAAUCAUGGUGGUGUAGUCUUUAAGAUAUAUAUUGUUGGCGAUACUAUAAAGGUUGUAAGACGUUUCUCUUUACCUGAUAUCACUAAACGUGAACUGGCCGAUGUUACUGGCCUGUUUCGAUUCCCAAGGGUUUCAUGUGCAGCAGCUACAGCAGAUGAUGCAGAUUUGGAGCCUAGUAUUGCUGAACUUCCUCCUCGACCUCUACUCGAGAGGCUUGCGAAAGAGCUUCGUCGACGGUUGGGUCUCCGGUUGUUCAAUAUAGAUAUGAUCCGACAGCUUGGGACCAGAGAUGCCUUUUAUGUAAUUGACAUCAAUUAUUUUCCAGGUUAUGGGAAAAUGCCAGAUUAUGAGCACAUAUUUACAGAUUUUCUGCUAAGCUUAGUUCAGAACAAGUACAAGAAAAGACCUUCUACUUAAUGGGUCUGCUUUAAAUAAGGUUUCUUUCAGGCAUGGGCCCUUGUGGAGUUUGAAGAAGAAGAAGAAUAUCAUCUUGUUUUAACUUGUGUAAUUACUGACUGGUAUGAUGUGCCUCUCUCUCUCUUUCCUCAAGCCACUCAACUCCCACCAUGUACAAAAAGAUACCCAUCGAUCUAAAGUCGAAAUCUUCUUUUUCUUUGAGAUACUUUGUUCUGUCUAGACAAAUGAGCAAAAAAUAAUCACCUUCAUCGGUUAAGGUGAUUCUUUCUUUCGUAAAGGAUUCGACCUAGUGACUUGACUAACGGAAAUUCAAUAAUUGAUCAGCAGAGAGGGCAUGUUUGGAAAUUGUAUUUGGUUUCUGAUUAGGUUUUUGUGUUUGAUGAAAUAAUGUAUAACCUUAUAAACCCGUUAUGUUGGGUUUAUAAUAUGUAGGCUUGAUGCUUAGGUGGAUAAUAGGUUUAUGAUUUAACAUCUACUUGAUAAUGAUUAAAGCGUUUUAUAUUAACGCUAUUAUUGUUUCCAAGUUAUAUAACAUCCAACUAGUGGUAAAGUAGCUCCUUUAAUUGUUUGAA